GAGAGAGAGAGAGAGAGAGAGAGAGGGGGGAGACUGCUGGGAAGUAAAACCCAGUGAGAAGGAGGUGUGACUCAGACAUGGAGAGAGGAGCAGCUCCUUCACGUGUGGACGGAAAAUAAAAGGAGUUACUGAUUACAGAAGAGGAGUUUAACUUCAAAUCACUGCAAGUCUGAUUUAGGAGUUGACUAAGGGCGGAUUUGGAGGUGAUUGGAAGCUGGAAAGCGUUCCUUAAUUGGUUGCUUGGAGUCUUAAUUGGACGUUCUGACAGCCUGCAGGUUUUCCUCCUGAUUUAGAGUGUGUUUUUGAGGAUGAGUGGAGCCGGAGAGGUGAUCUGUGAAGGCUGGCUGAGGAAAUCUCCACCAGAGAAGAAGCUACGCCGCUAUGCGUGGAAGCGGCGUUGGUUCGUGCUGCGCAGCGGCAGGCUGAGUGGAGAACCCGAUGUCCUGCAGUACUACAAGAACCAGCAGAGCCGCCGGCCAAUCAGAACCAUCAACCUGCACCUGUGUGAACAGGUAGACGCCGGGCUGACGUUCACCAAGAAGGAGCUGGAGAGCAGCUUCGUGUUCGACCUGCGGACGGAGGAGAGGGUCUGGUACCUGGUGUCCGAGUCCGAGGAGGACAUGAACCGCUGGGUGUCCUGCAUCUGCCUGCUGUGUGGGUUCAACCCCACUGAAGAGGUCCCAGAAAGACCCGCCGUCUCUGGCUCCGCCUCCAUCGCUGCCAUGACUCCGCCCCUCCGUAACGUCACCUGUGUAACCCCGGUAACGCGUUUAGUCCCGCCCCCCUACGACCCGGUGAAUGUGAGGAACCUGCAGCACGACGGAAACAAAGAAGAAGAAUAUCAGUGGUUAUCACAGUGUCACACCAGGCCUCCUCUGGGUUCCUCCACGUCUCUCGAACCCGACGACUUCCCUCCCCCUUCCUCUUCCUCGUCCUCUUCCUCCUCUCCCUCCCUGCUUCCUAACGGCCUCCCCCCUUCCUCCUCCUCUCCCUCUUCCUCUUCCUCUUCCUCCCCCUUCGUGACCUCUGAGCUCCAGAGACGUAAACUUCGCUGUCACCCGUCUCCUCACCCGCGGAAACACUCUCUAGAUCUCCUCCUGCGACCCGUGGAUAUUCUCCCCCUCUGUGACUCCCUCUUUCUCCCCCAAACUCUCUCCUAUAGUGGGUAUCAGAUCCCUCGUCUCCCCUCUUUUUCCUCCCCUAACGUUGAAUCUUUGACCCCGACUCCCCCUCCACGACCGCCCAAACCUCAGAGCGCCGCGGCCCAGGAAGAGAGCUCAUCUUGGGGGAGAGGGAGAGCAACACUACCCCGAGAGAGGGAGAGGAGGGAGGAAGGGAGGGAGGGAGGAGGAGAGGAGACGAGGAGCAACACCAUCACUGAUCACACAGACCUGAUCUCUGGGUCUCUGUCGGACAGAGCGAGCAUGUUCGAGUUCAGCGAGUGCUUCAACAGCUACUUCAUGAAUAAAGGCCUGGUGCCUCUGGGCUCUGAAGACGAGGAUGUGGAUGAGAAUUAUGUUCCUAUGAGCGCCGCCCCCACUGAGCCUCCUGUAGCACCGAGGGCGCCUCCCCCUCCUCGCUCCGACUCCCCCCCCCUCCAGGACACUAACUACGUCCCGAUGACCCCCCUCCCCCCGUCCCUCCCUCUUUCUCCCCCUCCUGCCUCAGGUGAGCUGGCGUCUCUGGGCCGACAGGUGCCCCCCCCGGCUCACCUGGGCUUCAGAAACUCCCCCCUCUCCCCCCUCUCCCCCCUCACCCCCCUCACUCCCCCCCUCCGGAGGAACACCACCGCGGGAGGAGAGGCCGUGCCCCCCCCCAUCCACCGCAACCUGAAACCACAGCGCAGAGGAGUGAGUCAGUCUGCAGAGAGGACGGACAGUCAGUCUGCAGAGAGGACGGACAGUCAGUCUGCUGCAGAGCCCCGACACAGAACCAGAGUGAAGCCGGCUCCUCUGGACCUCCCUCUGCAGCAGGACUGGCAGGAAGUCCCGCCCCCUGUCCGCUCACCUGUCACUCGAACCUUCACACGAGAUCCCUCCACUCUCCCCCCCCUCAGACCCCCCUCAGCUCACAGCUCCUCCCCCCCCUCCUCCGACUCUGACGAGCCCGACGAAAACUACGUCGCCAUGACGACGACCUCCAGCCUCAGCUCCAGCACCGGAGAGACGACUCUGAGGCUGAUGCUGCACCGCUCCUCUGAGGUGGGGGUGAGCAACAGUUCGGUCCUACGGAGAGCUGGAGGAGAAAAACAGGUGGAAUAUCUCGACCUGGACCUGAACACUGGCAGAGCCUGCGCAGCCCGGCAGAAACGCUGCACGGCUGAAGGAGGCAGCGAUCAGUCUGUAUCCGGUGAGGAGCGUGCACGAGGCGGGCGUGUGCGUGUGGACUACGUGGUGGUGGACCCCAAAAGGACGAAGGCCCUGAGGAGCACCAGAGAAGCAUGGCAUGAUGGGAGGAUGUCCACGGAGAAGGAGAAAUGUUAGAGAGGCACACACACACACACACACACACACACACACACACACACACACACACACACACACACACACACAUUAGUAUUUUAACUCAAAAUGUAUAUUCUCAGAAUCAGAAUCAGAAUACCUUUAUUAGUCCCACAGAGGGGAAAUGCACCAAAUACAAAAACCCUGUUCUGCUCUGCGCUAUAGAGAGACUCUACAAAUCACAUUUUGGAUAAUGGAGGUCAAAUAAAGUAACGUUUUUCUACACAUGUUCCUAUAUUAAUAUAUAUUUACAUAACUUCAGCUGCAAUUCAGCAACACUUGAAUUUCAUCGACUCCACCUAACUAGAUUUAAUGCAACUACAUUCAUUUCUUCCUACAAAGCAUAUUUUCUUCUAAAAUAAAGAAAUAAAAUGUCAUGUGUACGAUCAGCACGGAUAAAUCCAAUCAAGGAUCAAUUAGUUAAAACAUGGUGGAUAAAUCUGAAUAAUUUCCUGUGAUCUUUUAAAGUGUCUUUCCCGUUUGUGUUGUGCUCACAGAAUGUAAUGUG